UGUGUGGUGUGUGUGUGUGUGUGUGUUUGUGUGUGUGUGUGUGUGUGUGUGUGUGUGUGUUUGUGUGUGUGUGUGUGUGUGUGUGUGUGUGUUUGUGUGUGUGUGUGUGUAUGGGUGUGUGUGUGUGUGUGCGCGGUUGCAGCUCGGAGGAGUGGAAGAAAGUGAGUAAGAGCGAGCGGGAGAAGCUUGGUGUCACAGUACAGGAUGACGGAGAGUUCUGGAUGACGUUUGACGACUUCUGCCAGUACUUCACCGACCUGAUCCUGUGCCGUCUCAUCAACACGUCCUACCUGAGCAUCCACAAGACAUGGGAGGAGGAGGUGAUGCGGGGGUCCUGGGUCCACCGACAGGACCCCCUGCGCAACCGGGCCGGGGGCUGCAUCAACCACAAGGCCACCUUCCUGCAGAAUCCACAGUACGUGUUUGACGUGAAGAAGGUGGAGGACGAGGUGCUGAUCUGCCUGCAGCAGAAGGAGAAGAGAGACGCCAAAGAGGGCAAGGGGGAGAACCUGGCCAUCGGCUUCGACAUUCACAGGGUGGAGCUCAACAGGAAGUACCGGAUGCACACGGCCCAGCAGAAGGUGGCGGGCUCCAUCUACAUUAACUCCCGCUGCGUGUUCCUCAGGAAGGAGCUGACGGAGGGCCGCUACGUCAUCAUCCCCACCACCUUCGACCCGGGCCAGCAGAGCGGCUUCCUGCUCCGAGUCUUCACUGAUGUGCCUUCAGACUGCAAAGAGCUGAGCUUGGACGAACCCCCCCAGACAUGCUGGACGGGGCUAUGCGGCUACCCUCAGCUGGUCACUCAGGUCCACGUCAUCAGUGCGGAGGGUCUGCAGGGACAGACUCCCAACGGAGAACUGCACUGCCUCAAUCCCCAUAGGAAAAGAUACCUGACCAGAUCACAAGCUUCGGACCCCUAUGUGAUUAUCACCUGCGAGGGGGAGAGGGUGCGCUCGCCCGUUCACAAGGACACCCGCAGCCCCAACUUCGACAUCAAGGGUCUCUUCUACCGCAAGAAACCCAAGGAGGGCAUCCACAUUGAGAUCUACAACAAGAACGUGAUCGUGGACACCUUCCUGGGGCAGGUGACGCUCUUCAGCGACCCCAACGAGCGGCAGGAGCAGCACACGCUGCACCUGCGCGACAAGGGCAGUCGCCAGGACAACGACCUGCCGGGCACGCUCACCGUGCGCCUCAUCACCUCCACCACGCUCGUCAACAUCUGAGGGUCCGACCCGCCCGGCAACAAGCCCCAGCGUCUUGCGACUCGUGUCCACGUCUCUCCCGGAAAAUGUUCCGGAAAGCAUCCGAGGAAUCUGGGAAUCUGUGCCCAGACAUUAUCAUCCUCCUCAUCAUCAUCGUCAUCGU